AUGAGCACUGCGCACACAUGCUUUCGCAGCGCCCUGACACAGGCCUUUCGUCCGUCUAACUGCGGCCCUGCUACGUCCCAUUCUGUCUCCGCAUUUCUCGUUCCAGCGCUAUCUCGAACCUCCAAACGCCCCCUCUCGUCCGGCAAACGUCGAUCAAAACAGCAGAGCGCCACACCUCCUGCGACCGCAGACCGACCGAAGGAUCCGUUUGUCUAUAUCCAUCCACCCAAAGUCAGCAGCUCGCCUAUCGAAGGUCGCAUACCAGUACCCUCUCCCGAUGCUCGUGACGAUAUCAAGCGAUGGCUUUCAGCCCUGGAGCCUUUCUUUCCCAUCGACAUACGACGUACAAAAAUUGAUACGCCAGACGUCUCCGCCACGGUGACACCACUCGACUUAUCCGUAGUUAUCAACAAGGCUCAGGAAGCCUCUCACGACUUGCUCAGUCAUCUUGGAUUGGUAGAGGGGCGCUGGCGGGCGGCAGUCUGGAUAGCGAAGAAGCUUGCAGAGGGUGGAAAGCGAUUAGAUGAACCCGCAGCAUGGUGGAAUCCUUCUGCAAACGCCACCUGGCUGGUCGAAUCUGGGGCUCGAUCUUUGCAUGAUUUGACUAACAGCCCUCUGGACGUCGGAAGAACACGUCCACGACGAAAGCUUCAGACAUCCUUGGACGACCUGACGAAGUCUCCGGACACAAUCAAUCUGCGACAUCUCAUCGUUAAGCGGGCUCUGGGCCAGCUAUGGAGAAGUUUAGGCACGCUGAUACUCGCUGCUACCGAGCAGGACAAGCAUGGGCAGGAUCCGGUCAUGCCCCAUGUUCUUGAAAUCAUUGCGCAUUUACAUCACAUUGGGUUCAUGCCAGAUUCAGUGUAUGCAUUUCGUCCGCAGAACAAGCAUGCCUUGCAACAGCCGCCAACACUACACAUGCUGUCCUCGAAAAUCUUGACAGCUUUGUCAGAUGCGUCAUGGAGAGCGCACGAAGCUGCUGUCAAGGUUGCCAAAGACGGCGCGAAAGCCUCGUACUUUCUCGGCCACGAGAUUCCCGGCUCUCGAUACAGGGUGGAGAUUACGGAAAUUGCUCCUGAGCUCUGGUUGGAGCUCGUCCUAUGGUCAUGCUUACAUGGUGGCUGGACCGUAGAUGGUAUCGCGAUCCUCGAGAAGCUGGCCGCCAGACAGGGCGACCGUACCUGGGGACUGAUCAGUUGGAGAGAGAUCCUGGAAGCUGAUCAGCAGCGCCUGCCCUCAGCAUCCGAGGGAUGGAAACUCUUCCCAAUGCGGGGAGAUACAGCAGCGGGUGCUGAGGAUCGUGCCCGUACGCGUAGGACCAUCAGCAGCGAGGUUGUAACGGCUUUCAUCGAUGCCCUCAUCAACGACAUGCGCUUGGGUGUAGGCGCGCGGGGCACAAGUCCGGAAACAGUGAUUGACCACAUAAAGCAUAUGAAGAUAUUCCUCGAGGCGAACAAUCUGAGUUUAGGCUCAAUGGCUUGGGAUUCAGUUAUUACACGGCUUCUGGAGUCAGGUGGUUUCGACCCAGAAAAGCGUCCAGAGCUUCUACUUCGCCUGUUCAAUCUCGCUGCUGAGUUUGGUACAGAAGUUGGCUCGGCCAAUGCUUCACCCGCAGCUGAUGAUGAGGUUCCAUACUUUUUUGAACCUACCGCGGCCCCUCUCAGCCUACUUCAUCGGGCUAUGAGGGCAUUCAUCAACAUUGGAGACACCAGACGCACAAUGGAAUCCUUUAACAUGCUCCAGCAGCAUGCAGACAACAACAAGCAGAAGUCGCUGCAGCAAUUCUUCGAAACUAUGAGCACUAUGUCACUGCGGCAGGCUGAGCCUUUCACCAGCCGCACGGCGCCGAUCGAGUUCCCGUCCUUUGACACGAAUUUGCCUGUGCCAUUGCUCGCCAGGCUGUUGGACCUCGCAACUGAUUCGGAGAUGUACGAACUCGGGCGCUGGUUUGUCUUUUCGAAAGAUCUCGAUGGCCCACUGAUUGGUCGUGGCUUAUACGUUCAUCGAAACAUAGCAGCAUCACUCGUUCGUUUCGGCACUCUUGCAGGAGAGAAUGACAUCGUGCUGGACAUAGUGAAGCGGUCCGGCUAUCUCGAUCCGAAUACCAACCAGACGCGUAUGCCCAAUGAGCUGCUGACAGCAUUGUUUCGUAGUCAAGUCAGACUUCGCCGGUGGGAUGCAAUUCGAAACAUGCAGAAGCAUGCUGUAAAUCUAUCAACAUGGAUACCGCGCCCGAGCAUCCUGACCACCUUCGCGGCCGAACUCCUACGAGCUUCUGGAGGCUCCGCGAAGGAGGAUGCUGCAGCAAAAAAGGCAUUCUCGGGAAUGCUUUUCGAAUGGGAGCAUUUGAUUCUCAGUACGGUACGAAAUGAGCUGAACUGCACGCUUGCUAUACUCUCCACAGUCGAUGAGACAUGGAAGUCAUACUGCUCUCAAUUUCUCAACGUUUCCUCCCGACAGAGCAUCAGACUUUCCGUGGACAACUUCAACCAGAUUCUCGGUGGGGUUCUUGACCGAUUUGAUAGCGUGAAAGGAAAGGAGCUCGUCGAUCAAUGGUGCUACAAGCCGGGGAGGUUGUUCGAAUCAUUCAGAGCUCCCGGAGGAGUGCCAACUAUGCCUCAAUUCCGAUUUGGAAGGAGUGAAGAGAUCGCAGACUUCCCUGACAACAUAGAGAUCGUCCAAGACUCGGGUGUCGCGCUCGUCUUGAAGGGACGAAUUCUCCCGAACCGUCAGACGAUCUGGGCCAUCUUACGGAAGGUCCAAGGCGAAGUGGAGCAGUGGAGCCAGGAAAGAAAAGAGAUGUCCGCCUCUGCGCGUGACCAAGCGCGCGAUACGCUCCGAUGGGCGGCUCGUUUUCUGUACCACCUGGGCUACGACUACGAGGACAUAGCUCGUGAUCUGGGUAGCCUUGCAAAUCUUGCCGAGCUUGAGGCUCCUCAACGCCGCUCUGCCAUUGGGCAGACUACUGCCGCAGAGCACGGUCUGUAA